AUGGGUGAAAUAAAACGAAUUGCUCUAGUUGCUCACAAUAAUAAGAAGACUGAAUUGAUUGAAUGUCUUCGACAACAUCGUGACAUACUUGCUAAACAUAAAUUGUAUGGUACGGGUACGACUGGAUCAUUAGUCGAAAAAGAGCUUCAAAUACCUGUCACUAAAUUUGAAAGUGGUCCGUUAGGUGGUGAUCAGCAAUUAGGUGCAAAAAUUACUUCACGAGAACUUGAUAUUCUCAUUUUUUUUAUUGAUCCAUUGGAUUCUCAUCCUCAUACUGCCGAUGUGCAAGCACUUCUUCGUUUAGCUCAAGUCUAUGGUAUUGUUUGUGCUACGACUGCUGCUACGGUCGAUUUUUUACUCAGCUCACCAAAGAUGAAUGAACCUCAUGUACGAAAAAUACAAACAGGUCAAACAUUGAAACCAAAAUAA